AUGAAGUUCACGGCAUCUGCGCUCGCUCUUAUUACUGGCCUCGGAGUUGUUUCUGCCAACCCCCUUCUCCAAAAACGGGCCUCAGCGAGCGAUAGCGCACCUCUAGGCUAUGCUACACUCAGCGGAGGUACCACUGGUGGUGGAUCAGCGACUCCCGUCACUGUGACCACCCUCGACGAGCUGAAGGCAGCGGUGACUGGCAACAGUGCCAAGGUUAUUAUUAUCUCUGGCUCCAUCACCGGUAACGAGGUGGUCAAAGUUGGAUCCAACACGUCUGUUCUAGGAAAAUCAGGUGCUGCUUUGAAUGGUGUCGGUUUGCGCGUCCUUGACGUUUCAAAUGUCAUCAUCCGUAAUCUCAAGAUCAGCAAGGUACUUGCCGACGCUGGAGAUGCGAUUGGCGUGCAAGCUGCCAACCGUGUGUGGAUCGACUCCCUUGAGCUCUGGUCCGACAAGGACCACAACAAAGACUAUUAUGACGGCCUUCUUGAUAUUACUCAUGGUUGCUACGCCGUUACCGUGACCAACAGCUACCUGCAUGAUCACUGGAAGGCCUCUCUCGUGGGACACUCUGAUAAUAACAAGAGCGAAGACCUCGGGAUUCAAGUUACCUAUGCAUACAACAAGUGGCAGAACUUGAACUCACGCACUCCCUCUUUCCGCUUCGGCCACGGUCACAUCUUCAAUAACUAUUUCCUGAACAACCAAGACGGUAUCAACACCCGCGUCGGUGCAGAGCUGCUCGUUCAAAACAACAUCUGGGAAGGUUGCAAGAACUCUGUUUACAGUACCGAUAAUGGCUAUGCUAACCUCAGUGGGAAUGACUAUGGCGGAAAAGCCGCCACUGCCUUAACCACUACUUGGAGCUCAGUUGGCUAUGGCUACAAUCUAAAGGAUGCAAGCGAGGUUAAGGGCUAUGUAGAAUCCGUGGCUGGUGCCAAGCUCUCGUUCUAA